GUUUAGGUAAGCUUUGGCCUUCGCUACAAUCCGUUUCCAUCUGCGCUUCUCCGCACCCAUCCCGUCACAUGGGUUCCUGAUACCCUUUUCACAGGCGAUGGUCUGGUCGCUGGGGCCUAGUUAGUCGCUAUUUCCGUAGCUUGCAUCCCUUUCGAGAGCAAAGAGCUCCUGGGGGAAGGAAGGGAAGCUAAGGGGGGACCCAAUCCAAGAUGGUGUCCUCGGCGCCAUUGUGUUCGUUUUGCUCUCUUCUUCCAAUGGGUUCUUCUCAUAUUGGAGGCCUCAGCAUCAAUGAGAGGCGGCGCUCGGCGUCCCUUGGUCUUGGUAUUUGCGGAGGGCGGGGCUCUUCUCACCUUCCUUGUCCUUUCUUGAGCUCUUUCUCGGCCCUCGGUGGGACUGGGAGGAGGAGCUGGUUUCUGGGCCCAGUUGGAUUUUUCUCACCUUGACUUGCCCAACUUAAUUUGGAGUGCCUUCCAAGUGUUUACGAUACGAUUGGUGUCAUUGUAUGUUUCUCCGAAAGGAGUCUCACCUUCGUAGCGUAACAGUGAUGUGAGACCACUUGGUAAAGAUCCUGUUAAAGCCUGGGCGGGGAUUGCCUUUCUCUGUCAACUAUUAGCUUUCUUAUUGUAGGGUGGAGACAUGAAUUUUGUUUUUUUGUGGCCGAGCCAUUUGUCUUGCACCGCCCCUCCCCCCCAUGCUAAUUACACAAGGCUUUCUUAAACAGCGGAAGGGAGGAUACUGAGAAGUGGGAGGCUGAGAGCUAUGGGAGGUGGACGGCGGCCAUAUGAUGUUUUCUUUUCGAAAGCUCUUCUGUUAGAAAUAGUAUCUUUGUUUUCCUUUGCUGUUCCUCAAUCCCCUACUCUUCACCCCUUGUUUUCACCUAUUUUGCGAGAACCCAUCCAGAUCCCCCUUCCCUUCUUCCCCUGCCGGCCCAGUUAUGGCAGAGAACGAUGUGGACAAUGAGCUCUUGGACUAUGAAGAUGAUGAGGUGGAGACAGCAGCUGGGGGAGAUGGGGCUGAGGCCCCUGCCAAGAAGGAUGUCAAGGGCUCCUAUGUCUCCAUCCACAGCUCUGGCUUUCGUGACUUCCUGCUCAAGCCAGAGUUGCUCCGGGCCAUUGUCGACUGUGGCUUUGAGCAUCCGUCAGAAGUCCAGCAUGAGUGCAUCCCUCAGGCCAUUCUGGGAAUGGAUGUCCUGUGCCAGGCCAAGUCGGGCAUGGGAAAGACAGCAGUGUUUGUCUUGGCCACACUGCAACAGCUGGAGCCAGUUACUGGGCAGGUGUCUGUGCUGGUGAUGUGUCACACUCGGGAGUUGGCUUUUCAGAUCAGCAAGGAAUAUGAGCGCUUCUCUAAAUACAUGCCCAAUGUCAAGGUUGCUGUUUUUUUUGGUGGUCUGUCUAUCAAGAAGGAUGAAGAGGUGCUGAAGAAGAACUGCCCGCAUAUCGUCGUGGGGACUCCAGGCCGUAUCCUAGCCCUGGCUCGAAAUAAGAGCCUCAACCUCAAACACAUUAAACACUUUAUUUUGGAUGAAUGUGAUAAGAUGCUUGAACAGCUCGACAUGCGUCGGGAUGUCCAGGAAAUUUUUCGCAUGACCCCCCACGAGAAGCAGGUCAUGAUGUUCAGUGCUACCUUGAGCAAAGAGAUCCGUCCAGUCUGCCGCAAGUUCAUGCAAGAUCCAAUGGAGAUCUUCGUGGAUGAUGAGACGAAGUUGACGCUGCAUGGGUUGCAGCAGUACUACGUGAAACUGAAGGACAACGAGAAGAACCGGAAGCUCUUUGACCUUCUGGAUGUCCUUGAGUUCAACCAGGUGGUGAUCUUUGUGAAGUCUGUGCAGCGGUGCAUUGCCUUGGCCCAGCUACUAGUGGAGCAGAACUUCCCAGCCAUUGCCAUCCACCGUGGGAUGCCGCAGGAGGAGAGGCUUUCUCGGUAUCAGCAGUUUAAAGAUUUUCAACGACGAAUUCUUGUGGCUACCAACCUAUUUGGCCGAGGCAUGGACAUCGAGCGGGUGAACAUUGCUUUUAAUUAUGACAUGCCUGAGGAUUCUGACACCUACCUGCAUCGGGUGGCCAGAGCAGGCCGGUUUGGCACCAAGGGCUUGGCUAUCACAUUUGUGUCCGAUGAGAAUGAUGCCAAGAUCCUCAAUGAUGUGCAGGAUCGCUUUGAGGUCAAUAUUAGUGAGCUGCCUGAUGAGAUAGACAUCUCCUCCUACAUUGAACAGACACGGUAGAAGACUCGCCCAUUUUGGAAUGUGACCGUCUGUCCUUCAGGAGAGGACACCAGGGUGGGGGUGAAGGAGACACUACUGCCCCCACCCCUGACAGCCCCCACCCCAUGGCUUCCAUCUUUUGCAUCACCACCACUCCUGAACCCCCAUUUCUGAUUUGUCAGAAUUUUUUUUUAACAAAACUAAAAAUGAAA